AUGAGUCAACAGGGAGAAUCCGCGCAGCAGUUCAAGACAUAUUUCGUAUUGGAGACUAUUGGUACUGCAAUCCCGAUUGGCAAGGAGGAAGCCCAGCCUGUGGCCUCUCCAGGUCGGCGGCUACAACCUCGCACUAUGAAGUUUGGCAAGCAGAUUCAGAAGCGCCAGCUUGAAGUUCCUGAGUACGCUGCCAAUUUUGUCAACUACAAAGCACUAAAAAAGCUCAUAAAAAAGCUCUCCGCAACUCCGACGCUCCAGGCCCAGAAUGACCACCUUCAUCCCGCCCCUACAAUAGAUUCUCAGGCUGCCUUGCAGGCGAACAAGGCCACGUUUUUCUUCCAGCUGGUAGACCAGGAACGAGAGCUCGAGAAAGUCAACGCAUUCUAUCUUCAAAAAGAGGCAGAGCUCAAAAUUCGGCUUAAGACGCUCCUGGACAAGAAGAAGGUACUUCAGUCCCGCCAUGGCAUAUCAAGGCGGUCGGCCAAGUUUACGACCCUCCAAGAGGGCUUCCAACAAUUUGCGAAUGAUCUCAAUAAGCUGCAACAGUUUGUCGACAUAAAUGGGACGGCAUUCUCGAAAAUAUUGAAGAAAUGGGACAAGACUUCCAAGUCAAAGACCAAGGAGCUUUACCUCUCCAGGGCUGUGGAGGUUCAGCCUUUCUUCAACCCAACAGUCAUCAGUGAACUCUCUGAUCAGGUCACAACGAGCCUGCAGGAGCUUGGAGCAUGGGCAGAUGGGGACCACAUCAGCUUUGAGGGACAAGGGCGCCCAGACCAUAUUGUGAGCAGCCAUCACCUCCUGGGCACCGAAGAGGGAGAUGCGGACACUGUUCUCCUCGAGACGGUCAUUUCGGGGAAUCUGGACUCUUUGAGAGACCUCCUAGGGCGUAUGAGAGCAGCAGUGGAGCCGAACUCAACAAUGGACCUGUCUUUGAUGGAGAGGAUCACCAGAACCUUCCUGGCGUCCAUCAACGAAGCUCCACAGGAAUCCCUUCAGCUUCUGCUCGACACAGGCUUGGUGGAUAUCCAGUCAGAAGAUGACAUAAAUGAGCGGAAUUGUUUGCACCAAGCAACUAUAUACGGCAACUCCUUUGUGUUGAACCUAGCGUUGGAAAAAGGAGUUGCCGUCAAUCGAACGGACGUAUAUGGUCGGGUGCCGUUGCACUAUGCCAUUGAUGCCGACACCAUCAAUCUCAUCGAUCACGACAAUUUCCGGCCGUUGGUACAUGCGAUCAUACACAAUAAUUUGGACUGUGUCCAGAUGCUUGUGGAGAAAGGGGCACGGUUGAAUUCGAUCUCAGAGACUGACCAUGCUCCUCUCAAUCUGGCGUGCAAACAUGGUUCAUACGCCAUCGUCGAGCUGCUUCUGACCAAAGGCGCCCAGAUCCUGCCUGAUGCCGAGGGUCUCUAUCCUCAGCAUCUCGUAGCCAGGUCUGCCAGGAACGCCGAUCUGCUGAGCCUCCUGAAGCAUUUUGGAGCCGACUUAGAUCAGAUUGACAAGCUGUAUGGAUGGACACCACUCGUACAUGCUGCCAGUGAGGGAAAUGUUCCCUGCUUACGAGCGCUGUUGGACGAAGGCGUCGACGCGAAUAUUCUUGACGAGAAAGACCUUUCAGCAUUGUACUACGCAGCAUGGGAGGGUCAUCUGGAGUGCAUGAAUCUACUAAUUUCUCUGCAAAGUAUUUCUAAAAAAGAAUCGAGCCCCAGGACGACCCAAGUAUUGCCGCCGUCAUUGGGCCCGAUGGCUCAGAGUCAUGACUCUGAAAUCAUGUCACUCGAUCCAGAUGGAAUUCCAGACCUCGAACUACCGCCACCCAUCAUCCCACUGCGCAGAUACGGACACAACUUCCUGGACACCAAGACCGUCGUACAGAUUAACUUCGGUGCGGAUGCUGAACAACCACUCGUUUUCUUCCACGACGGCAAAUAUCCCGCCGCUCGGUUGACCAUUUCGUCCAAGGCUUCAGACUUCAUCCCCAAAAAUAUCAUCCUUCCAUUCACAGAAGAUACCCGUCUUGUUUCUUUCCAGGUCGACAAUCUUGAUGCUUUCACAUUGGACUUCGACGUGUUUCCGACAUACGGAGCCAAGGUCAUCGCUAAGACGGUGGCUUUGCCAAAUACCUUCCGUGCCUCAUUGAGCAGUUCCGGUAGCUGCUGUCUCCCCCUGUUCGAUCCUCGACUUCGCGCGAUCGGUCAAAUCAGUUUCAAUACGCAGGUCAUCAAACCUUUCCAGGGCAAGCCCCUCGAAAUCACCGAUUUCGAGACAUACUGGAAGGCGACCAGGCAAUUUGACCGCCAUAUCAGCAGCUUUGUUACUGGGUCGAGCCUUGUUGGUGACUUUGUGAGACUCUACGUGCAGCAGACAAAGGACGGCGUUGCGAUUCUAUGGCCUACAAGGACAGUGGACAUGGGUACAGAAGGGAUGGCCGUUCCCCUAUCAUGGGUGACGCAUUCGCAAUUCGAGCAGAUGGCUCGCAUUUCACCUUCCAGAAAGGCACUCGCAGCGGGCAAUCUCAGCCAACAGACUGAGCUCCACGAAAUUCACCGCCUAUUCGCAUCAGCGGGGCUCACUCUCGCCGAGGCACUGGACAUGCUGCCGCCAAGCGUGAAUGUCAACUUGCACUUCAUCUACCAGAUAGCCGAAGACCACGCCCACCCACAGCCCCAAGAGUCUAACAGCCGUGGCUUAAACAGCUUUGUUGACUCGGUCCUGGGGAUCGUGUUUGACCACGCGCGUGUGCAGCGUGCACAGUCCCAGCAGAGUGGCGGCAGCGCGGCCGUCCGGUCCGUCGUGUUCAGCUCGUACAGCCCUAGCGUUUGCACCGCGCUCAAUUGGAAGCAGCCGAACUUCCCCGUGUUCAUGUGCAAUGACCUCGGCCGCGAGGAGGUCUCGAUGGCGCCCCCGCAGAUGAUCGCCGCGGCAGUGAAUCAUGGCCGUCGGUCCAGUUCGAUCAAGGAGGUAGUCCGAACUGCGCAAGGCAACAACUUCAUGGGGUUGGUGGUUGCUUCAAGGCUCCUGAAAAUGGUACCGGCGCUGGUGGACGCUAUCAAGGCUCAAGGGCUCGCCCUCGUAGUCGACAAAUCCUCGGAGGCCGGACCGCUCUCUAACCCACCCCCUGAAAAGCAGCCCCCGGGCGUUGAUGGCGUUUUCAAGUACACUGGCGUCCUGAGAUUCACCGAUUCGAUAGACAUGUAA